AUGGUUUCCGUGAAAGAUGCCGAUCCGACACCCGCAACAACCACCACCACAUCUGUCAGACGACCCUUCAACGAGGUGGUGAAAGACAACCUUUUAGUGGCUCUGGCGACUGAUAAAUACAAAUUAAUAGAGUUUGUUAUGGAACACUUGCUCGCUAAUAGGACUAGUACGGCACCUCGUUUUGACUCUGCUGAAAUUCAUUGGGGCUACCGAGUGAUCAAAGGCUUGUACGAGAUCUCAAAGGGCUUUCUUAGCAAAUACAUCGCAAAGAUCAGUGGUGCAUGGGAAUGUUUAAGUCAUAAACUAAUCCCUGCUCAAGAAAUUCCUAUGAGACCGCGUACACGAAUCCGGUUAGCAAAGAUGACAACUGAUGCUCAUAAGAAGUUGUGA